GCUUCCGCUUCCGGUUCUGUUGGUCUCUUCGGCUGUAAAGAUGAUCGGAGACAUCCUGCUCUUCGGAACGCUGCUGAUGAACGCCGGGGCGGUGCUUAACUUUAAGCUGAAAAAGAAGGACACGCAGGGCUUUGGGGAGGAGUCCAGGGAGCCUGGCACAGGUGACAACAUCCGGGAGUUCUUACUGAGCCUCAGGUACUUCCGAAUCUUCAUCGCCCUGUGGAACGUCUUCAUGAUGUUCUGCAUGAUCGUGCUAUUUGGCUCCUGAGCCCCAGACACAGAACCAGGAACACACCUUCCCAAAUGCCAAGCUUCCCUCCGUUCCUGACAACUUCAAGAAUGUGUUUGACUGGAAAACUGGUGACCUUCCCAGAAAGCCCAAGCUAGUGGUGGGUGGAAAAAAAUGUUCACCAAGAUGCUCUUGGUUUUCUGGCCA